GCAGGCGCAGGGUGCGGGGCGGGGCCUGGCCAGCGGGGUUCGUGGUGGGAGAUUUCCUGGGAGCCAACGCGUUGGUGAGUGGACCAGCAGUGGAGUUUCCCUGUAACCCUAGAUGUGGCAGGAGUUCAUGGCCAUCCUCAGCUGCUUGUGACAACACCAAACCCACAUACAAAAACCCAAACCCUUCCCAAACUGUGAGAGUUUUGUUGGAGGUUUGCCGUCUUGAGAUCCCAUGGCUGUCCUUCCUGGGCUCUGGGGCUCUUUUGCCCAUGUCAGCAGAACAUUCGGCCCGCGCUGCUUCAGCACCUCCGGGAGCCUCUGUGCCAUCCAGAAAAUGACUCGGGUGCGUGUAGUGGACAAUAGUGCCCUGGGGAACACCCCGUACCAUCGGCCUCCGCGAUGCAUCCAUGUCUACAACAAGAGUGGGGUGGGCAAGGUAGGCGACCAGAUUCUGCUGGCCAUCAAGGGACAGAAGAAGAAAGCACUCAUUGUGGGACAUCGCAUGCCUGGCUCCCGAAUGACCCCAAGGUUUGACUCUAACAACGUGGUCCUCAUUGAGGACAAUGGGAACCCUGUGGGGACUCGGAUUAAAACACCUAUCCCAACCAGCCUUCGCAAGAGGGAAGGCGAGUAUUCCAAAGUGUUGGCCAUAGCUCAGAACUUUGUGUGAGCAGCAUGCCUCUGAGCCGUGCAGCCAUUCCCUUCACACUGGUGACAGUUGGAAUAGAAUAAAUGUUUUACUGUGUGUUUCCUUCCUA